UUAUAUCCCAUGCCGUUUAAUGUCAAUUUGAUAUUUCGCAAGCAUAGGUUGGUUGGGGACGGCCAGCUGAGAAAGACCCGUUUUUACUAUAUCUGUUGGGGUGGGAGAGCUGUAUAGAAAGAGACUGCUGCUUGCUCCACCUCCCUCCCUCCUUCCUUCCUUCCUUGUCCCUUAUCUUUAUUCAAUAUCCUAGCUCUAGAGAGAAAAAGAAACAAAAAGAGAGAGAGAUGGGGAACUGCCAGGCCAUAGAUGCUGCAGCCCUGGUUAUACAGCACCCCAGUGGGAAGAUAGAGAGGCUGUAUUGGCCUGUAGGCGCAAGUGAGGUGAUGAAGAUGAACCCGGGUCACUAUGUUUCAUUGAUCAUCCCUUUGCCCGUGCCUGAUGAAGAGAACCAGCAGGAGCAGAAGACCGUGCGGUUCACCCGCGUUAAGCUUCUCCGGCCGAGUGAUACUCUUGCUCUUGGUCAUGCUUAUCGCCUCGUAACCACUCAAGAGGUUAUGAAGGUGCUGCGGGCCAAAAAGAACGCCAAAACGAAGCAGCAGCAGCCAGAAUCAUCUGAGAAGCCACAGACAGUGCUGCCAGAGAAGCGGAGUACUUCAGAUUGUGAGGCAGAAGGGAAGUCUGACAAGGAGAAGACAUGCCAGGGGAUGAAACAUGAAAGACAACGAGCAAGGACACCAUCAACGAACUCUGCUGCUGCAAUGAGGUCAAAAUCUUGGCGCCCCUCAUUACAGAGCAUCUCUGAGGCCGGAAGCUGAUCAUUGGAAGUUUGUUUGGUAGUUUCAGGCAUUGAAUUGUAACAUGCAGUGUGUUCAUAAGGUAAAGGGACCGACUUUCAGUCCCUGAUGUCCUACAUAGUCGGACUCCAAGGUGUGCAAAUAGAUUCACUAAAUCCAUGGAGAUCCAGAGAUUUCAAAUUCAAACCAUUUUCUAGUAGCUUCAAAAGGAGCAAUGAAUCUUACAUUGUAACGCCAGUAAUAUAUAGUGAUGGAUACAGAUCUUGCCUCCACA